AAGGCGAAGAAGAAGAAGAAGAAGAAGAAGCGGUGGCGCUUUGAGCACGCAUGUUGAUAAGCGCUCCUGUUUUCUAUUGUGACAGUCCACGCUUUGUGCAAUAUUAACAUACUGAGAAAUCUUUGAGAGUUCUGGCUUCAUUUUAAAAACUCUGCAGUGGCAGACGGAAAGUCGUGUUUUUGUUGUUCACGCCACUAAUCGAUCCCCGCAAUAUUUCGCGGGUCGAGUAACAAACGCGCUUCAGCUGGGGCCAUUCGCCAUUUUGCUUAAUCAACAACCCAAGCAAGGUUGAUUUUGUGCAACAUGGUGGAAGCAGACCGACCUGGCAAGCUGUUUAUUGGGGGCCUGAAUACCGAGACUACCGAGAAGGCCUUGGAACAGUACUUCGGAAAAUAUGGCAGGAUUGUUCAAGUUCUUCUGAUGAAAGACCGUGAAACAAACAAGUCAAGGGGUUUUGCGUUUGUGACGUACGAUAAUCCAGCCGACGCAAAAGAUGCCGCACGUGAAAUGAACGGAAAGUCUCUUGAUGGUAAGGCCAUCAAAGUGGAGCAGGCUACCAAGCCUAAUUAUGACUCGGGGGGCAGACGAGGACCCCCACCCAUGUACCCAAACAGUCGCGGCCCACCCAGGGGCCUUCGUGGAUCCAGAGGAGGUGGGAUGAGAGGCCCAUCCAGAGACUACUAUGAUGAUGACAAUGAAGAACCCUUCUAUAAGGGGAUGUCCUCGAGAGGCCCCCCUCCCAUGAAAAGAGGACCCCCUAUGCGUAAUGGAGGCCCCCCGCCGAAGAGAUCUGCCCCAUCUGGUCCAAUGAACAGACCCCCAAUGUCAAGGGACAGGGACCCCUAUGGCCCACCCCAUCGCAGAGACUCGAUGUCCAGAAGAGAUGACUAUCCAUCCCCCAGAGAUGACCAUUAUUCAAAAGACGGAUACUCCAAUCGAGAUUAUAAUUCAAGAGAUUCUCGGGACUAUGGACCUCCUCCUAGAGAUUAUUCAUACCGUGAAUACCCCAGUUCCCGGGAUGACUAUGGCUCAAUGUCAAGGGGUUACAAUGAUCGUGAUGGCUAUGGUGGAGGGCGGGAUUCCAGGAGCUACAUGGACCGUCCGAGUGGUGGUGGUGGCGGCGGCGGAGGCUCGUACCGAGACUCGUUUGAUGGUUACGGUAACUCUCGCAGCGCCCCACCUUCACGGGGCCCCCCACCGUCCUUCGGUGGGGGCAGCGGAAGCGGUCGUUACGAUGACUAUGGCGGCAGCUCCCGGGAUGGCUAUGGCGGGCGUGACAGUUACAGCAGUCGGAGUGAGCCCUACCCAUCUCCCCGUGGCGAGCGCAUGGGUAGGCAGGAGAGGGGCCCUCCCCCUGGCGAGAGAGGAUACCCUCCUCGCGAUUCGUACGGCUCAAGCCGUGGAGGGCCACGCGGGGGCCGUGGAGGCAGUCGACCCGACAGAGGCAUGGUUCGCAACAGAUACUAGAAUGGACAUGGAGAUCUCUCUGAAGCAGACGUUACUCCUGUUGCAGCAUUGAAAUCGUUGUGGGAGAAAUUUGACACAAAAAAAUCCCACCAUGUCUAAAUCUGUGGAUUGAGUUUUAGCUUUAAACUGUGUCUUCACUUUCCCAAUUUUUCCGUAUGUGUUCACAUUUUUUUUUAUAUAUAUAUAAAUCUCUCUUACUCUUGUAUCGAUACAGCGACAGAGUUUUUUUUUUUUUUUUUUUAAUCGUUCAGUGCUGCUGGAACCUGCAAUGCCCUAUAAGUUUGGCUUUCCUAUUCUAAUAAAAGCACUAGUUGUACCCUGACCAUUGAGCAUCAAUACUCCAACAAGAUCAAAAGCCUGGACAUGAAUCUGCAUCUCGUAGAAAAAGUUCUCUGUCAAGUUUAGUUGGUGAGUCUCUGCUCAGGAACUUGACUCAAAAGACAAAUUGGUCACUGUUGUGUUAAAAGGGCUAGGCGAAUGUCACUGUCAAAAUGUUCCAAUGUAGUUCCCUUGGAAAUGGAUCCAUCAUCCUAGAGUCAUUCGCUGGCCCGCUCCAACAAAACCAAAGGCAAGAGCAACCAAAUACCAGCUUCUAUCCAACAAGAACCCAUAGGCAACUGCUGGUAAGCAAAGCAAACCUCUUCUGUUUCACAUCUGUCAAUGCCUUUCAUUAUUCCUGUAUUGCAGUCGUCACUCAAUUCAAGCCCGUAGUGCUUCAAAGGACUACACAAAAGAAUGGAUGCCCACUAGAACGUGCCUAUUAAUUGGAGCAAAAUUUGUCAAAACUGCAACGAGCUCCAAGGCAAGCUAAGACCUUUAGUCUCUUGCCUGCAACAUUUUUUUUUUUUUUGCCAGCUGCACCCUGCAAAAUGGAGAUCCUUUGACACCAAGUACUUGUCUAAUCAAAGUACUUGUCGAAAGUAAACAAAUUUCAAUACUCUAGACAAAAGUGUUUCCAAGGCGUUCUUUGUCAAUGUAAAUAAAAUGACAAUAAAAUGAACAUCCAUUGUCAGAAACCUUUUCCUCAAACAAAGGAGACCUCUGGAAGAGCACCACCAUUGUAACCACCCAACUGGAAACAAUCUUUCAAGUGGAAGCCAGUGGAGCCCAGGACUUUUAACAUGUUUUAUGUUUCAUGAAUACACCUUAAAGAGACGGACAGAGAUUAAUUUUGUCAUCUCGUUGCAGGAUGAACACUCUCCAAGGCAAACUAACCUUGAUGGGCACCACAACUCUAUCCAUGGCUACUCGGACCAGUAGGCCAAUGACGUUCAUGUUCCAGUUAGUGCAGUGUCUGCCACUGGCCUGAGACAACUGGUUGAAAGAUUUCUGGAAAAUGACAAGAGGCUGAGUAUUGACUCCAAAUACUUUAGUAGUUUUGAAUAAAUGACGAAGGAACAGCUCUGCUGAGUGUGUUGUUGACAAAUUAGGAACAAAAUGAACUCCAAUGUUUUGAAUAAACAACUUGAUUAUU